UAGGAAUAAGGAGGAGGAGCUCUUCAUCUUAUUUAUACAGAUCACAUUCAGAGAAAUAUUACAGUCUCAUCUGUGAACGUUAGCUUGUCGUCACACAACUCUGAGAUUACAAUGGAAGAUCUGAGGAUUGUGCUAGUGGGUAAAACUGGAUCAGGAAAGAGUUCAACAGGGAACACUAUACUGGGCAGAGAUGAGUUUACAGUGGGUUUCUUCUCUGUGUCAAAAACUGACUGGUGUGACAAACACACAAUGAUGCUGUAUGACAGAAACAUCUCAAUCAUUGAUACUCCAGGACUGUUUCACACAUCCAUGACUGAUGUAUAACUGAAGACUGAAAUAGAGAAAUGUUUGAAGAUGUCUGAUCCUGGUCCUCAUGUGUUUCUGCUGGUCAUCAAACUGGAUGUGAGAAUCACAGAUGUGGAGAUGAAUGCAGUGAAAUGGAUUCAAAAUAAUCUUGGAGAAGAGGUUAUGAGAUUCACUUUGGUUUUGUUCACUGGUGCUGAUAAGUUAGAGAAACCAGUAGAAGAGUUUCUGCAGGAGAACAUCAAACUGAAAGAAGUCCUGGAUGAAUUUGCGGCAGGAUAUCACACAUUUACAAACAUGACGAAAAAUGAUGGGGCUCAGGUCUCUGAACUGGUGAAGAAGAUGAAAACACUGGUGACCAAGAACAGAGAAGAGCAUUACACUGAAGAGAUGUACUUGGUGACUCAAAGGAAGAUCAGCGAAGAGAUGAAAAAACACGAGGAAGCAGUACAACGAGUGAAUGAGGAAGAAAGGAAAAGACAAAGUCCAGAGAGAAACUCAAAAAAUGGACUAUAUAAAAUCAUCAUGAUAAGCAUAAUAUUAGCAGGAAUUGUGAUAGGAGUAUGACUGUUGUAUAAUUUUUUACCUUCAUGGAGUAAACAGUAUAGGGGAUGACUGCAUCACUUUUUCUGCAGAACACAAAAUACAUUUUUUGUUGACAACCAAACAAUAUUGACCCACUUCUGUUGUAUUGACACAAAAAUACUGAGACAUUCCCCUGACAGCAAGCAACCGAAUCAAUGUUAAAAAAUGUUGAUUUGUCAAGCAGAGAUGGGCAUUUGUGAUCCUGCAGAGUGUAGUUCCAACCAGCUCCAGCACACCUGCCUUGAAGUUUUCUAGUUGUCCUGAAAUUCUUGCCCAGAUAGACAAAUAAGUAAUUUUUAACAUUUAUUAAAUGGUUUUCAUCUGUUCUCUUGCUAUGUUAUUUGCACUGAAUCAAUAUCACUUCUACCCCCAUUAUUAAUGUUGAAUACUUGUUGAAAUUUCAACAAACCACCCUUAUUGGUGGUUAUAUUGUGAUCAGUGUUUGAUUUAGUUGAGCGCUUGACUCUUGUACUUUUUGUAUUGAUUUAUUUAAAUAAACGUCAAAGUAUUGCUGUGAGAAAACAGUAGUUUGGGCUUGCUGUAUUUAGAAGUCAUGUGCUGAUUGGUCUGUGUGGCAUCACUUAAAGUCAAACACACCUACAGCCUCAUAUCUGAUAUUACACUGUCAAAACGACCCUGAGAGCACACCUACAUCUGGCAGAUAUAUAUAUUUGAUGUUUGCAUUUUCAACUGCAAGACAUCUGACAGAUGCUGUUUGCUCAUCUGCCCUUCAUCUCUGAGACGUCUGCCUCUAGAAGUGGUUCCCAACUGCAGUCCUCAGGGCCCCUGACAGAAUAUUUGAGAUGUCUCCCUGUUGAACACAUGAACAAGUUAAUGAGAUAAUGAAGUGAUGAUUGAGUCAUUAGUGAUGAACACCUGCUGGUAACAAACACAAUCACUGAAGAAAACACGAACAAUAAGAUAGUGGGAAAUCAAUAGUGGGAAAACUUGUUCACAUUUUGUUUGUGUUUUGGUGUGUCAUGUCAUCUGUUGGACGUAAAUGCCCCAAAAAACCGUAUCAUAAUUAAUUUAGGGUGAGAGCCCAACUAAAGGAAACACUAAACACUAUUAUGGUGACUUAUAUUGAUGUGUUUUCUUCAGUGAUUGUGUUUGUUAUCAUCAGCAGGUGUUCAUCAUAAUGACUCAAUCAUCACUUCAUUAUCUCAUUAACUUGUUCAUGUGUUCAAUAUAGGGAGACAUCGAAAAUAUUCUUUCAGGGGCCCUGAGGACUGGAGUUUGGAACCACUGCCUUACAGCACAUGCCCAAGUUUGCCUGCAUAACUAAAAUUGCUAAAGCAAUGGGAGAUUUACGGAUUGUGCUGUUGGGUAAAACUGGAUCAGGAAAGAGUGCUGCAGGAAAUACUAUUCUGGGUAAAGAGGAAUUUGUAGCAAAAUUUUCUUCAAAAUCUGUGACCAGUAACUGCCAAGCAUUUGAUGGCGAGGUAAAUGGCCAAAAAGUCAGAGUGAUAGACACACCAGGACUCUGGGAUACAGAAACAAAUGCAGACCAGAAUAAAAGUCUAAUAGAGAAGUUAUUCUAUGAUUCUGGUGAUGGUCUUGUGAUUCUGCUGGUGAUCAGAUUGGGUGUCAGACUCACACAAGAAGAGCUGAACACUAUCAAGUGGAUCAAGGAGAACUUUGGAGAGGAAGUCACAAAAUAUACCAUUGUGCUCUUCACGCAUGGAGAUGAACUACCACAAACUGUGAAAAUAGAAGAUUAUAUUAAUGAGGACAAAAAUUUAAAGGCACUGGUUGAACAGUGUACGAGACGGUAUCACGUUUUUCAUAACAAUAUCAGAGAUCGAAAUCAGGUGACUGAGCUUCUGGGAAAGAUAAAUGAAUUGAAGAAAAAGCAGGAUCAAGGUUAUAAUAAGCAGCACUAUGAUGAUGCUCAGGAAAAACUUGCUCGCGAAAAAGGUUUUCUUGGUGCCUUAAAAGGAGGAGCAGGGGGAGCAGUACUAGGAGGUGGAGUAGUGGGAGGGGUAGCAGCUAAGACGGGUGCUGCUGUUGCUAUCGUAGUUAAAGCAGGUGCAAUUGGAGCAGCAGGAGGUGCAGCAGCAGGAGCAGUGAUUAUUGGUGGAGGAGCAUAUUUACUGGCAAAACAUUGCUCUGAAAAGAACAAUAAAAAGCAAAACUAAAAUGUUAAAAAUGUAUCAAAUGUUUUUGUUCCAGUCCAUCAUUGACUGUAUCAAGGAAAAAUAAUUGAUCUAGCAUUUAAAAUACAGACCCAGACCGCAAGCUACUGUAACGGGUACAAACCAUUGAAUCGAUGUUAAAAAUGUGUUGAUUUGUCAAUGUUAAUUGCAUUGAAGUAAUAUCACUUUUUCACCUGCUAAUAAUGUUGAACAAAUGUUGACGUUUCAUCAAACCACCAUUACUGUGAUCAGAGUUUGAUUUAGUUGAGCUCUUGACUCUUGACUUUCGCAUAGUUAAUUUUCUUUCAGUGCUUACAAUGUUGUUUAAUAAAAACUCUUAUAUGUAAUGAUGAAGCCUAAUAAAUGAGAUUUUUUAUUCAUAUAAAUUUGAGGUUGUU